UGACAGUUAGAACUUAGAAUAAAAGGGCGCGAACGGUCUCAACAGAGUUUUAUAAACAAAACACACACUGCUCUCUCUCUCUCUCUCUCUCUCUCUCUCUUCAUUGCAUUUUUCAGGUGAAUCUUUCUUUCUCUGUCUAAUCUUUCUAUGAAUUUUCAAUUUCAUUUUUCUGGCACAAUUCGAUUGAUUAAGCUACAACAACAACAACAACAACAUGGAUUUCAGAGACAAGUUCAAACAACUGGACUUAGGAAUUGGAACGAGUUUAAGCAGACGACCCAUAUUCAAGUAUUUGGAUAAAGAAACUGGUAAAACAAUUGCUUUGAAGAGAAUCAUCCUCAGGCACGAACUACUUCAAGCUCUCCCUCUCACUGGAUCAUCAAAUUCACGUCAAGAACAACCCAUUGAUGUUGGGAUUCCUGCUAACACAAUUCGACAAAUCUCCCUUUACAGGAUUCUCGAUCAUCCAAAUAUUGCUAGUUUGGAGUAUAUAGGAACUCACCCUGAAGAUGUCUUGGAUUUGAGUAUGUUGGUGUGGAUCUCAGAAAAUUCCAAAGGGAUAAUCGCAUAAGAGCCCGUCACCCAAAGUUGAUAAAGAGCCUAAUGCACCAACUUCUUAGUGGUAUUGCUUAUUACCACUCUGUUAACGCUUCCCAUGGAAAUAUCAAUCCCACGAAUGUGCUCAUAAGCAACUACGGAGACGAUAACAAUGAUGAUGAACAAGUCAAUUUGCUGAUCACAAAUCUUGAUUUGUGUGUACAGCCAUCUUACCAAGCACCUGAAAUUUUGUUGGAGUCUAAUCGAUUAUCUACUGCUGUUGAUAUGUUCUCUGCUGGUUGCAUAUUUGGUGAAAUGUUGAUUGGGAAACCAGUUUUCGAUACAGAAAAUGAACUAGGCAGCAUUUUCAAGCUUUUGGGUACACCAACUAAACAAACUAUGCGUGGGGUGAUUGAUCUGGAUGAAAAACUUAAAAAGUACCAAAAACAUUCCCCAAAGGAUCUAUCUGAAACAUUCAUUGGUGUUGAACCAGCUGGAAUUGAUCUUCUUUCUAAACUGCUGUGUCUGAAUCCAAAAGAAAGAAUUAUGGCUUCUGAGGCACUUAAGCAUCGCUACUUCUAUGGAAUUGAGGCAAAGAAACGUGUGCCUACACCAGCUGCUGCUGCUGCCGAAGUGGGCAACUCCUCUGUGGGGCCUUUUGCUGCAGAAGUGGGCAGCUCCUCUGCGGGGCCUUCUGCUGCCAUGGACAGCUUGGCUGCUGGUACUUCUGCUGUUGUGGGCAGCCCGGCUGCCAGUGCAUCUGUUCUCGUGGAAAGCUGGAUUGAUAUGGUUUCUGCUGCGCUGGACAGCUCGGUUACUGAUACUUCUUCUGUCGCGGAAAGCUUGGCUUCUGAUGCUUCUUCUGUUGCGGAAAACUCAGCUUCUGAUGCUUCUGCUGUCGUUGAAAGCUCGGGUGCUGGGGCUUCUGCUGUCGUUGAAAGCUCGGGUGCUGGGGCUUCUGCUGUCGUAGAAAGCUCGGGUGCUGGGGCUACUGCUGCCAUGGACAGCUCGGUUACUGGGGCUACUGCUGCCGUGGAUGGCUCGGCUACUGGGGCUAAUGCUGCCGUUGAAAGCUCGGCUACUGGUGCUUCUGCUGUCGUUGAAAGCUCGGGUGCUGGGGCUACUUCUGCCGUGGAAAGCUCGGCUACUGGUGCUUCUUCUGCCGAGGAAAGCUCAGCUACUGAUGCUUCUGCACAUGUGAAUCCUUAAACUGUUUUCUAUUUUGGUUCAUUUGUUCAUAUAUGAUGAUGGAAGUAGUUAUGAUCUCAUUGCAUAUAAUUGUUUGUAAGAUAAAAAUGCAACAAAUUCUUUCAGUAUAAUUGGUUAGUUGAGGUAGGAAUGUAAUACCAUUGAUUUGCUUUUUAUCAAGAAGAUCAGCUUAUCAAAUAAAAAUGUGUUUUUCAA